AUGCCCUUGAAUAGAGAAGAACCAACCCAUUUCGGUGCAGGUCCAGCACAACUACCUACUAGUGUGCUUCAACAAGCUUCAAAGGACUUGAUCAACUUCAAUAAUAUCGGUUUAGGUGUCGGUGAAAUUUCUCACAGAUCCAAGGAUGCUACGAAUGUAAUUGAGAGUGCUAAAUCUCAUUUGAAGGAAUUGAUGAAUAUCCCUGAUACCCAUGAAGUAUUUUUCAUGCAAGGUGGUGGUACUACUGGUUUCUCAUCAGUUGCAACUAACUUAAUCGCUGCUCACUUAGGUAAGACUGGCGAAGUGGCGCCCGGUGGUUACUUGGUUACUGGUUCUUGGUCAAAAAAAUCAUUUGAAGAGGCCAAGAGGUUAUAUGCACCAGCUGAAGUAAUCUUUGACGCCAAGACCUUUAACAAUGGUAAAUACGGAGCUAUUCCAGCAGAAAGUGAGUGGCAAGAUAAGGUGAAGGGCAAAAAAUUCUCUUAUGUGUAUUUAUGUGAGAAUGAAACAGUUCAUGGUGUUGAAUGGCCUCAAAUGCCUAAAUGUAUUACGGAAGAUCCAAAUAUUGAACUGGUUGCUGAUUUGUCAAGUGAUAUCCUUUCGAGAGAGAUUGACGUUUCUCAAUAUGGUGUUAUCAUGGCAGGUGCGCAGAAGAAUAUCGGAUUAGCAGGUUUGACUGUAUACGUCAUUAAGAAGGAGAUUUUAGAAAAUAUUUCAAAGGUGUCAGAGGAGAAAUUACACGAAUUGGGAUUACCUAUUAGCCCAAUUGCAUUCGACUAUCCAACUGUGGUGAAGAACAAUUCCGCCUACAACACUAUUCCAAUUUUCACUCUACAUAUAAUAGACCUUGUGUUCCAACAUUUGUUGAAGAAGGGCGGUGUCGCUGCUCAAGGCGCGGAAAACGAGAAGAAAUGCCAAUUACUAUAUGGUGCAUUGGACGCAAACUCUGGAUUUUACAAUUUACCUGUGGAUCCAUCUUGCAGAUCAAGAAUGAAUGUGGUCUUCACUCUGAAGAAGGAAGGUCUUGAUGAAAAAUUCCUUCAAGAGGCAAGUGCGUUGAAACUAACUGGUCUUAAGGGCCACCGUUCUGUUGGUGGUUUUAGAGCAUCUAUUUACAACGCACUUUCUGUUGAAACCGUGGAAAAAUUAGCCAAUUUCGUCAAGACUUUUGCUCAGCAAAAUGCUUGA